GUUCUGAGUUACAUAAAAAAUAAAUGAGUCUGUUGAAGCUACCCUCCAACAAAAUACUAGCUGUUCAUCUACAGCACUGUGUUGAUGUCAGAAAUGCAACUUCUGGUGAAGUUAAUAUGAGUAGUGCCAGUAAUAUUACAUGGGAGUGUCAGUUGCGUAAAAAGAGUUUUCCAGUGUCACCAUCAGUUUGGAUUCAAGGCAUUGUUGUGAACGUAAGAUCAUUUAAAACACUUAUUCCCUUCAUAAAUUAAUAAUGACUGUUCCAAAGAACAUUUUCCCCAUUUUCAAAAGCUUCAUCACAGGAGCAAAUGAACAUGGAGUUGUAUGACUGAAUCCACAAUAGGAGACUGAGCCUUUGUUAAAAUUAAACAUGUCACACUAACCCUGUACCUACUCUUCCUUGAAUAGACAUAUUUUCUAUUCUUAUCCUAUUUUCUUUUGUUCCCUUGCCAGUCAUGUGAAUCACAGCACAUCUCUGGACUUUGUGUUGUUUCUAGUGAUCCUAAAAGUCCUCGCACACACACUACCAAUGAGUACCUAACCAAGGACAUACAAUGCUCCAUCUCACAACUCAAUGGCCAAAGCCUAACCAUCGGUGGAGAGCCAGAAGACAUUAGGUGGUGGCAACGGGCAGAGAAUAACUCUGGAUCAUGUGAUCAAAGGAUGACAAUUCCCCUCAGUGCAUAAGUUAUGCCAUAUUAGGUUUGCUGAAGUUGGCAAGUGGUGUCACAUAGCUAGGCCUGUAUAAGAGCUUUGACUGCCCCAACUGUUGUUGCCAACUUAUAACUGAUAAUGCAGGUGACGAUGAGCAUAUGGGUUUUAGCUGUGCUUGAGUCCUUGUGAUUAAGAGUAGCCUUAUAAAACUGUUACGGACAUGUCCACCAUGCCAGGCAAGCAAAAGUUCUGCCAGACUGAGUGUGAAAUCCAUCAUCAUUCCUGAUUGCUUUUUUCUAUAUAAAUUUGCCCUGUUUCCAAAUAAGCCUAGGGAUCCUUAAUGGGAGAAAAAUAACAAUAUUGUACUAAAUUACUUAAUAAGCUAAAGCCCACCAAACAAUGGUGGCCGCAAUACAUGAACUUUCCAUUUAGUAAAGUUAGUAAACACACAUUCAAGUAACGCACUUAAUAACAUUCCCAUUUAAUGCUCCCCUGCACCACAAAAUAUAUUAAUAUUCUAAUGUCCCACCCCCUUUUACACCAUAGAUUUUUUAAAUCAUAUGUUAAUUGAGGCUAUUUCUGUAAAACAAAAGAAAAUAUUUUAUACCUAAUGCACUUUCGUUAUUUUUAAGAAUCUCAUUUCGCUCAGUUAGCGAGAUUUUUAUUUUGUGUGCUAUUAAACCUUAAAAUUAGAGACAUAUAUUGUUACAUAGGGGAUAUUAGUAGUCGGUUGAUUUUUCACUGUACAUUGAGGGUACAAAUCACUAAAUUCAUAGCAUGCUAUAUAUAUAAAAUAUAUGUGUGUAUAUAUAUCUAUUUAUAUCUUUCACUUAUAACUUUAUGAUUGCUUAAAUAUAUUAAUGACCACUUCCUUCCCCAAUUUUAAAAUUAUGUCUCAUUAAUUUUGUUUACUAUUUUUUUAAGUUUCAGAACCCAGGAAGCACAGCAUUAAUUGAUGAUGGUACAGGCAUUAUUGUUCUGCCUAACUGUGAUAGCAUAGCUUCAAAGAUUGCCAUCAAAAAGGGUAAGUCUUAAGUGAGGGCAGUAAAAUAAAAGAGGGAUAGGUUAAUUUAUUCCUUCUUAUUCCCAUGCAAUGUUUAUUCAUAAUUAAAUAACACAACUGAAGUGACACCUUUCCUUUUGCAAGUGGCUGUAAUAAUGAUAAUAUCCCAUUAUAAUGAGUCUAUGAUCAAUGAUAUAUUUUUACAUUAUUCAAAGAUAAAUAAAUGAAACAGAUAGUAUGUGAAUUUUUCCAGGAAAUUAUAAAAUAUAGACAUCAACAUUUUUUGUAACUGGAAUGUUGACUAUUCUUGCCUUUGGUUUGAACAUCUUAAAUCAGUAUUUAUCCUGGUGUUACUUCCCUUUCCUCACCUCUCACUAUGAUCUUAUGCUAUUUUGUUUAACUUGGCCCAACAGAUUUCUAUCUUAAACACUUGAUUCGUAUUUGUUAAAUAAGGUCACAGAGGCAAGUCAGUUGACCACAACCUUAGAAAAGUAACUUAAAAAUCAGUUAGCAUUUGAUAAAUGUUAGUGUGGAUAGGAUUUCCAAUGUGGCAGAUGUACUUUCUGCAGGGAUGUAUGUCAUGGCAGUGGGGGCCUUGCAAAGCGGAGGCCCACAUCCAGUGAUAAAACCCAUCAAACUUCAAGACCUGAGCGAUGAUGUGCAGGCGGAGACAAUGUGGCCACUUGAGGUGUUUGAUCAGAUCAAGUAUUUAAAUGGAUGAUUACUUAUGCUGUUAGUGUUUCAAGGGUUGAUCAGAUCAAGUAUUUAAAUGGAUGAUUACUUAUGCUGUUAUUGUUACAAGGGUUGAUCAGAUCAAGUAUUUAAAUGGAUGAUUGCUUAUGCUGUUAGUUUUUCAAGGGUUGAUCAGGUUAAUGACUUGAAGACAGUUUGUGUGAGUAUAUUUACCUUACAAAUUGUACAAAUUUUCA